ACCAAUAUCAGUUGUAGAAUGUUAUAGUAAGAUAGCAGUAGAAAAAUAGCACCGAAAAAAUUUAUACAAAAGCAUAAUAAUAGUACCGAAAAAAAAAAAACCACAUAAAAAAAUCAUAUAAUAACAAUAAUAAAAACAAAAUAUAAUUUAGUCAAAGUUUCAACUAUAAUAUAACAAGGACCUAAAUAAAGAAGAGAAAAAAAGAAAAUUUUCUUUUUAGUUCUUUUUGUUCCUUUCUCUAAAUACUAAUAUAAAAAUUUUGUUAAAGAAAAAAAAAAGAUAAGAAAAAAAAAACGUAUAUUUUAUAUUUUUUUCUUCAAAAUGUCAUUAAAAAGUUCUGAUAAAAAAUUAGCGAAAACGCGAGGUACUGUAACAAUAAAAGAAGCUAGUUUUGAUGAACCACCACCACCACCUAAACCGCCAUUAAAAUUAGAAAAUCGUAUAGAAAAUUUUAAAAAUGAUCCAGAACAAAUGGAAGAUUUAGAAAAAUUUAUUAAUGAAAUAUUGGAGAAUGCAACUAUUGAAGCUGAAAAGAAAAGGGAAUUAAAUAAGACAGAACAAUCAAAUCAACGUUCAAGUCUAAUUAACUCCACAAAUAAACUAAAGGACAAUUUUGAAUCCUGAUGAAAUGGAUUGCUAUAUAAAUAAAAACAAUUAUUAAAUACUAAAUUAAAAUAAAUGAAAUUUAAAUACUAAAAUAAAAAGUACAAAAACUACUUUUCAUAAAUAUUUUAUGUGACUUCGUCUAUAAAUAUUGUAUAACAAUAAUAUUAUUAUAUUUAAAUAAAUAAUAUUUUUAAUAUUUUAUAAUAAAUUUUAAAUUUAACAAAUUGUUUAUGACAAAAAGUGUAUAAUUAUAAAAGAAAAUAUUGA